CCGGGGGGUGCGGCCCGGGGAGGGGCCAGGAGCAACGGGAACGUGCCCGGUGCUGCCCAGUCUUUGUCUGCUGCCUCCGGAUGCACAGCGAUGGGGGAAUGGACCAUCUUGGAGAGGCUGCUGGAAGCCGCGGUGCAGCAGCACUCCACUAUGAUCGGGAGGAUCCUGUUGACUGUGGUGGUGAUCUUCCGGAUUCUCAUUGUGGCCAUUGUGGGGGAGACGGUGUACGAUGAUGAGCAGACCAUGUUUGUGUGCAACACCUUGCAGCCCGGCUGUAACCAGGCCUGCUAUGACCGCGCCUUUCCCAUCUCCCACAUACGUUACUGGGUCUUCCAGAUCAUAAUGGUGUGUACCCCCAGUCUCUGCUUCAUCACUUACUCUGUGCACCAAUCUGCCAAACAGCGAGAACGCCGCUACUCUACUGUCUUCCUAGCUCUGGACAGAGACCCUCCAGAGUCCAUCGGGGGUCCUGGAGGAGCUGGAGGUGGGGGAAGUGGUGGGGGAAAACGAGAAGAUAAGAAGUUGCAAAAUGCCAUUGUCAAUGGGGUGCUGCAAAACACAGAGAAUCCCAGCAAGGAGACAGAGCCAGAUUGUUUAGAGGUUAAAGAGUUGACUCCACACCCAUCAGGGAUGCGCACUGCAGCAAGAUCCAAGCUUCGAAGGCAGGAAGGCAUCUCCCGUUUCUACAUUAUCCAAGUGGUGUUCCGAAAUGCCCUGGAGAUUGGGUUUCUGGUGGGUCAAUACUUUCUCUAUGGCUUCAGUGUCCCAGGCUUGUACGAGUGUAACCGCUACCCCUGCAUCAAGGAGGUGGAAUGCUAUGUGUCCCGGCCCACUGAGAAGACCGUCUUUCUAGUGUUCAUGUUUGCUGUGAGUGGCAUCUGUGUUGUGCUCAAUUUGGCUGAACUCAACCACCUGGGAUGGCGCAAAAUCAAGCUGGCUGUGCGAGGGGCUCAGGCCAAGAGGAAGUCAGUCUAUGAGAUCCGUAACAAAGACCUGCCCCGGGUCAGUGUUCCCAAUUUUGGUAGGACUCAGUCCAGUGACUCUGCUUAUGUGUGAGGGGUGAAGGCCUGCAGCAUGGCA